AUGAACAACCAGCGUGUCAUUUCUUGCGAGACUCCUGCUCACGAUCAUGUCGAGCGCUGUGGCUAUCUAUUUGGAUGGCCCAUCAACCACUCGAUGUCGCCCUUGAUGCACAAGACCAUCUUUGGCGAGAUUGGGUACGACUGGGAGCAAUUCUUCUUACCAUCAACCGACAUGUCAAUGUUUCUUUCAUUGGUUCGCGAGGUCAAAUUCUUCGUGGCCAUUAUGAAGCACGUUGAUGAGCUUACGCAAGAAGGUCGUGAAGUCGGCGCUGUCAACACAUUAUACCUGCGCAAGAACGGCGAUAAGACAAUCCUCGUCGGCACAAACACAGAUGUUAUUGGUAUCCGUGAGGCCUUCUACCAAAAUAUCUCGAACCCGGAUGAGAUCUUCCAUGGCAAACCUGGUAUGGUCAUUGGAGGUGGUGGUGCUGCUCGCAGCGCUGUCUAUGCACUGAAGAAGUUCAUGAAGUGCAGCAAGGUGUACAUUGUCAACCGUGACAAAGCCGAGGUGGAUGCUGUGGUAUCAUGGUGUUCGGAACAGGGCUAUGGUGAUGGUGUUAUGCACGCUGGGACUGUUGAGCAAGCACAGGAACUCGAAGGACCUGGUGCUAUAGUCUCCUGCGUACCCGACUUUCCUCCUGUCACCGAAACUGAGAAGACCGCUCGCCAAGUUAUGGAAGUGUUCUUGGGAAAACCCCACAAGGGUGCCAUCCUGGAGAUGUGUUACCACCCGAAGACUUGGACCCAGAUCGCUGAGAUCUCUCAAAAUGCUGGCUGGAACGUCAUUUUGGGCACAGAAGCUAUGAUUUACCAAGGUCUGGAGCAAUCGAUGUACUGGACUGGAAAGACUUUGGAUCAGCUGCCAGUUGCAAAGGUCAAGGAGGUAAUCGCAGCGCAGUUGAAGCAAGGUCAUUGA